UCCAAUUUCCCAAUUUCAUUCACAAAGGAAAAGAAAAUUAGGAGAGAGAAAGUAGAGAGAAGCAACAAUGGCGAUGACACUUACUAAACUCAGAUCUGGUGUUCAAUCCGCCGUACGCGUUGGCCGUUCCUCCGAAAUUAUCAGGCGAUCCUUCUCUUCUUCCUCCCAUCACGAUAUUGAAUAUGAGGCGAAAGAGGCAUCAAAAUGGGAGAAGAUUUCAUAUCUUGGAAUAGUUGGUUGCACAGCCUUUGCAAUCUACAAUCUUUCCAAGCCUCAUCAUCACUUUCCAGAGCCUCCUGCAUACCCUUACAUGCACAUUCGCAACAAGGAGUUCCCAUGGGGACCUGAUGGUCUUUUUGAGGUGAAGGAAGAACAUCAUUGAUCACGCUGGUUUGCUGUUUUAUCUAAUGCUAUUUGUGACCAGAUCAAACUCUCAUUUAAAUUUUCUACAUCGAUGUUUUUCCGUUGUAUGGUUGAUUUAAAUGAAGCCGUGAGGGUAUUGAUCUUUUUUGUGAGUUUUGGGUUAUCUUUAAACAGUAUAUUUCUUCAAAUAAAAUGUGGUUAAUACUUAUAUGCA